GGGGUGAGGUUUACCUCCACAUACCUGCCCCCCUUUCGUUGAGCCAUAUAAAAGAGAUACUUCUUCCUCCGUUCAUCAGUCUCUCCCUGACCAGCUACAUCAACAGAUCCAAGAUGAGGUUUGUAGCUCUCGCACUGACAGUGUUGCUGGCAGGUUGCCAGGCCCGUUUCCUGCAGGAUGAAGCUCCAUCACAGCUGGAUCACAUGAAGUCGGCGCUGCAGGUUUAUGUAGAUAAUUUGAAGGUGGCCGCACACAAGAGCCUCGAUCAUCUCGAUGACACAGAAUUCAAAGACUACAAGGUGUUCCUGGGCCAGUCCAUAGACAACAUCCACAACUAUCUUCAGCAUGCCUUCGAUACCCUCACACCAGUCGCCACUCAGGUAUUAGAAGCCUCCGCCCCCAUGCGUGAGAAGCUGACGAAGGACAUCGAGGACCUCCGCAAGCAGCUCGAGCCCAUGCGCGAGGAGCUCAGGCAGGUGCUGCAGAAGCACUUCCAGGAGUACCACGAUGAGCUCAAGCCUUUCCUCGAGGAAUACCUGACGAAACAGCGUGAGCAGAUGGAAGAGCUGAAGACCAAGUUGGAGCCCGUGAUGAACAACUUAAAGGGGAAAAUCGAGACCAACUGGGAGGAGACCAAGUCCAAGCUGGUGCCCAUCGUGGAGCUUGUGCGUGACAAGCUGACGGAGCAUCUUCAGGAGCUGAAGACUACGCUGGAUCCCUACAUCCAGGAAUACAAGGAACAGUUAGAGAAGGGCAUCCAGGAGUUCCGUGAGAGCGUGAGGUCUGGAGAACUGAGGAAAAAGAUGAACAACCUGGGUGAGGAGGUGAAGCCCCACAUCGAGGCCAUCAUUGCAGCUAUCCAGAAGGCCGCUAGCAAGGCGUAAAGCAAGCCUUUUUACACUUCCCGUCUCUUCUUCCUCUCCACCUCGGCCUGUUGACCGCAAGGCUUUUUUCAGAGCAUAACUAACACAUACUCAUAUCAAAUUCACUUGCACUUUCCACAAAUUCCCACAACUACAGGACUGGCAAUAAAACACAGAAUAUCUGAAACCUGAAAAUCUGUUUGGUUUAACAUUCAAAAUGCCUAGCGAAACCCUUAACAUUUGUGAAGCUGCUUUUAGUUAAAAGCUCAUUUUCAAUGUUCAAUAAAAGAACUUUCAUACUA